AUGAUGAACCGUCGGGUAGGCAUAGCUGGGAUUAAGGACAAGGCUUUGAUGCAAGCUAGGUAUGAAGAAAAACGGAGACAAAUAGCCGAUAAUGCAGCAGCAGACUUUCGCAGGCAGCUGGAAACUGUGAAGUCCUCGCUUGAGUAUUUUGCUUCAAAGUACCAAAACAAAAUAAGACAAGACCCCGUAUUUCGAACAGAAUUUCAAUCUAUGUGCGCAAAUAUUGGGGUUGAUCCUCUUGCAUCUAGCAAUGGUUACUGGUCCAAAAUUCUGGGCAUCGGGGAUUUUUACUAUCACCUUGGUGUCCGAAUAAUUGAGAUUUGCAUGGCAAACCAACGACAAACUGGCGGGCUGAUGCCUCUAGAGGACCUUGUUUCAGAACUGAAUCGAACCAAGAGCUCCCAUGGUGCCGAUGUCUGUCAGGAUGAUGCAGUACGAGCAAUAAAGAAAUUGCACUGUUUGGGCAAUGGUUUCACGAUUAUCAGAUUAUCUGACUCGCGUCAACUGGUGCAGUCAGUGCCCGGCGAACUUAAUAUGGACCAGACAAAAGUUUUGAAAUUGGCCGAAUCCCAUGCGGCUCAUGUUGCUGUUGGUUAUUGUGUUCAGAAGUUGGACUGGAUACACGAACGUGCACAAGCGGCCCUUGAUCAUCUCCUGAAAGAGGGCAUGGCUUGGGUAGAUGAAGCAAGUGAGAGUGGAGAACGCACCUACUGGUUUCCUAGCCUGUUUACAACCGCUUCGAGUUGA